AGAGGGUCGAAGGAAGAACCAUGGUCAUUUACAGGCUUCUCUUGAAAGUUGUGGUGCUUGAGAUCAUCAUAUUGGGUCCUUACCACAAUCACAUAGCAGAAGCUGAUGAUUCAAUGACCAAGCCCGGAUGUCGAAGUUUCUGUGGAAACCUCGAAAUUCCAUACCCCUUCGGAUCGAACGAUAGUGAUCCCAAAUGCCGCAUCUAUGAUGACUCAUUUAGAGUCUAUUGUGAUAACUCUUUCGAACCUCCCAUACCUCACAUGAAUAUAGAAAGUCCUCGCUUCCAUAUACUCCACAUUUCUUUGCAGGAUCACGAGCUACGCAUCAACACUUCGAUUAGUAAAGCCUGCUAUGACUCUUCCGGGGAACGUCAGUAUCUAGGCUUCAAACCAUCUCUCAUAUUACAAAAGUUCCCCCUAUCCAGCGCCAAGAACAAGUUCACUGCAGUCGGUUGCGACACGUCGGCUAGAUUCAGAGACCGCAAUGGGAAGUUCUCUUUCGGUUGUAUGUCUUCGUGCAAAAACAUUACGGACGUCAGCAAUGGGUCGUGUUCCGGUAUCGGUUGCUGUCAAACGAGCAUCCCUAAGAACACCUUCGACUACCAAAUCUCAAUUGGGAGCGAUUACAAUCAUUCCGAUGUCCUAGAUUUCAAUCCUUGCAGCUAUGCCUUUGUCACCGUAAAUGACUUCUACACCUUCUCGGUUGGUGAUCUUAAGCAGCCUGAAUUUGAUCAGUCUCCUCUAGUUCUCGACUGGGCGAUAGGGAAUCAAACAUGCGAGGAGGCCCAAAAGAACAGGACGAGCUACAUGUGCACCGAGAACACCAAUUGCACGAAUGCCGAAAAUGGAUUGGGGUAUAAGUGCAAUUGUUUAGAAGGUUACCGAGGCAAUCCUUACCUUCAGAAUGGUUGUAAUGGUAUGUAGAUAACAUCGACAUUCUUU